CACACACAAUACGUACUUAUUUUCUUAUUAUUUUUGUUUAUAAAAGAAAAGAAAAGAAAAUAAAUAAAUAAUGAGUCUCUCUUUUCUUACAGAUUUUCUCUCUUACUCACUUACCUAUCCCCUUCCUUAGGCUUCGGAAAAAACGAACUCUACUAUGCCUUUCCUUCCUUUUCUUUCUUUGUCUUUUCAUUUUUCUCUUUCAGUUUUGAAAUUUUCUAACUAACCAAACACAAUUCUGUUUAUUCAUUUUUCUCUCUUUAUAUAUGGCUCCCGCACAAAUUGAGAUAAUCAACACGGCAUAUCAAGCCAUGAAGCCACCGAAGAAGCCACCGACCACAACCAAGCUCGUCUGUUUCUCCUUCGCCGCUUACGCUAAAAACCUAAUCCAGAAUCUCCGCUGCUCCGACCUUCCCGUCGCCGGAGGCCUCUCCAACGUCGAAUUCUCCUCCAUCGAGUCACUCUUCAACUUCACCUUCCCUCCCGAUCUCCGUUCCAUCCUCCGUGAAGGUCUUCCGAUCGGCUCUGGUUUUCCUAAUUGGCGUUCCUCUUCUCAUCAACAGCUUCACAUUCUCAUCAACCUUCCGAUCCUCGGUCUCCUAAAGCAAAUCUCUCGAAGGAAUUUCUGGUUCGAAUCUUGGGGACCUUUUCCCGACGAUAUCAAUCAAGCCUUGGAGAUAGCCAAGAAGUUCUUGACCAAAGCUCCUGUUCUCGUUCCUCUCUACCGAAACUGUUACAUCCCGUCGACGCCGAAUGCCGCCGGAAACCCUAUCUUCUACGUCGACGGCGAUGAGGUUUGGAUUCUUAGCUACGACAUUACCAGAUUCUUCCAAGAUUUCGAGUUCUUAAACGGCGGCGGAGGAAUCCGCCGCUCAUCGGAGUAUACAAGAGUCAACGCUCCGGCAUGGGCGGCGACGACGGCGCGUGAGAUCGAGUUUUGGACGGAGGUUGCGAGCAAGAAGCGGACGGUGAAUUCGGCGGCGAGUAGCACGUGGUGGAGCCGGGACGAGGAGCUGGGCGGGUGCUUGGAGGAGGUGUUUCAGAGGUUGAGAGGAGGAGGGUGGAGGGAAGAGGAGGUGAGAGAGAUGAUGAUGAUGGACGGCUACGAUGACGACAAGGAGGAUGAUCAGAAGAGGGAGGUAGUUAUCGAGUGCGGUGAAGGUGUAGGAGGAGUCGACUUGGAGGAGGCCAUGGCGUGGCACGUGCGGACGCUCUCGGUGGUUUUGUUACGUGCGGGGUGGACCAUGGAAGAUGUGGUGUACUCUCUUGAUCUUCCAAACGACGAAGAAGAGGUUGCCGUUUUGGAUGAGAAACCAACGACAACUACUCUCCAACCUAGCCAUGCCCAGGAUUUUCAGCUUCAUUGUCGUUCUAAUCCAAGUGAGAGUAACCUCCAGCAGUCGAUGCACUUGCAGUCUCUUGAGGUUUGACUUUCGGGUGGGGUUCACAAUUUUCAUCCUUGGCCGUUGGAUCACUUGACUUUCUUUCUACAGUUCAUCACCACAUACAAAAUAUCAUUAAAUUAAUUGAUUGUAUUUGUAUAUAUAUUUUUGGCCGCAUAAUAAUGGUUAUAAAUUUAUAAUGUGAUAUAAAAACAUACUGGUUGGGAAGUGUUAGGAAUAA